UAAGAUAAUCGCGAGAUUCAUGUUUGACGACAAUCAUGAUGAUGAUGAAGAUGAUGGUAGUAGGGGCAGAGCUAAAACAUGAUGAACUUCCAAACAAAUCUAUUAUGUUGACCACAAAUCCCGUUAUCAAUAUGGACGAUAGUAACCGGCGACGUCGUUGUUCAUUUGUGCCGUGGUUGGUCGGUCAAUUCAACGAUAUAAUCGAAUGGAAAGCUCAAAUUGCUCAAAAUGAGAUCGAAUAUCUGGCUCAACGUGCCAAUAAUUCCGGCAAUUAUCAACGUCGUUAUUCAUGUACAAAUGAACCAAUUUUAUUGAAUGGCCUACAACGGUCAGCUACUGAUAGUUCUGUUAAUCGUAGCUUUCAAUUCCAAUCCGAACAAUCUGAUUUGUCUGAACGUCAUUCAUUUGAAGAACAACGUCGUCCUUUAUCACCGUCGAAAAAACAACGGCGAGUAAUCAAAUUACGAUUGAAAAAAAACCAACAAGAUGACCUGAAUCAAAAACUAAAUCAACUACGGAAGGAAACCAUUGAAAAUCGAAUUGAUGAAUCUAUCGAUGAAACUGUGGAUGAAAUUUUGCCAAUUAUCGUUGAACCACUCCAGACAACAUCGGCUCAUAUUGAUUCAAUCGAAACUGAACUUGUUGAAUAUAAAGUUUUAAUCGCUAACAAAAAUAAUGAUGACAAUGAGAAAUCAAUAUUAUUUGACACGGAAGAACUUUCUGAACAACUGACAACUACACAACUACAAAAUGUUGAAAAGCCAACGAAAUUGAAUCAAACUGUAGAUGAAAACAAUAAUCCAAUCGAAGUGGUGGCUGAACAACAUGUAAAACCGGGAAAAGUCAAGCCAUCAAUGAGUACGUAUAAUGUAUUGUUGGAGAAAAUAUCCAGUUCAUAUCGUCAUCAAUUCGAGAUGAAAACUGUGUUCCAACAGGAUUCCCGAACAACAGGAAUCAAAUCAGCUAGAAAGCAAAGUUUUAUCAACAGAAAUUGUUUUUGCGGAAAAGAAUUCAACUUUUCAGACAAAUAUUUACGAUGUUUCAAUUGUUUGACUGGAUGCCAUACAAGCUGUGGACAAUUAGUACCUCGGCCCUGUAUUCGAUAUGUUGAUCCUUUUAUAAGACCGAGUAAAACUGUAUCUAAUUACAUAUUUCCUCGAUCAAGGCCUUCUAUACCGGCAUUAUUGAUUCACUUGUGCAGGCAAAUCGAACAUGAAUGUCAAAAAGAUGAUCAUCAUUCGGUAGGCAAAUUGUCUAGUUUUGAACUGUAUUACAUUCACAGUGAAAUGCUCAAACUGGUCAAAGAUCAGUGCAAACGGUUGCUCCAAGAUGCCAAACAUGGCUUUCCUCAAUUUGAUGACUGUAAUUUAGACCAUCUAUGUGGUAUGGUCAAAUAUUUUUUAGGUGACAUGAUAGAACCACUUUUUCCUAAGCAGAUAUGGAAAGAUUUUUCAUCGAUAAUUCAUAAAAAAAGCGACCAAGAACUCAGAGAAAAACUCAUAGAGACACUCAAACAGUUCGACAAGGCUAAUCUACAAAGUCUAUGCUUCAUUCUGAUUCAUCUCAAACAUCUGAUCCAUUGUGGUUUUCAAGAUGGUGACAUAUUGGCUGAAAUUUUCUGUCCGAUAUUGAUGGGCGAUCUUGAAUGCAAACGCAAACUACGAUUAAUGAAGCUCCUAUUUGAUUUGGAAGAAAAUUUACUUGUUUCUUUUGCUCAAUCAUAACUCAACAUCAAAUUUAUUGUAACAAAAACGUAUCCAAACACAUUGACUAACAAAAAAAAAUUGUUAAAAUUGAAAUUAACUAUAAUUCCAUAAUUAAGACAACAAUUUGGCUAGCUCUCCUGAUCUGUGUAGACGA